UUUAAUUGUUUAAACAAUUAAAACAUUACAACAAAAUAUCUAUGGCUCUGAGAAAUUUUACAAGAUUGUUUUCUGUGCAGUCUAAACUGAAGACUAACCCUAUUGAAAAUAACUUCGAGAAGGAAGAACUGAAAAUAAAAAUAAAUGAUGCCUUUGCCACUGUAACCUAUAAGAAAAUGGACAAUAAUACGUAUGAUUUACUGCAUACUUCUAUUCCCGAAAUAUACCAGGGACAAGGUUUGGGGUCUAUUCUUGCUGAGAGAAUUUUUGAUCACUUAAUACAGAGCAACAAAAAAAUCAAAGUGACCUGUGAAUAUCUACAGAAAUAUGUAAGUACCAAAGGAGAAAAAUACAAAAAUAGUAUAUUAGACUCAAACAAUGAAAUAUGAAGAUAUUGUAAAUAUAUAAUCUUUUAAUAAAGC